AUCCAUUCAAAAAACACAAAAAGUGGGAACAUUACAGGAAAUCAUCUGUAGUAUCUGUAACCUGUGUUUGCUUCUGUUACAUACAUAUGUUUGAAUCAAAUUUCAUGCUUAAGAAAUAAAGAGUACAAAAUUCUUCUUCUGACAAGCAUUUUUUUCAGCAUUUCUAUUCGUAAAUGGAAGGAAGUUGAUAACUUUUCGAAUCUUGAUUAGUCUUCGAUUCUGAAAUCAAGUGAAUUAACUAGCCUUACCUGGAUGGAGGAAGGUGUAGUUUCAGGCACCCGGUCGCCUCGACCAGAGGCAGAAGGCAUGAGCAAAAGAAUGAAAAAGUUUCUGCUAGUGUCAAACUGUGUGAUGUUAGGCAUAGGCAACUGCCUUGCUCCUAUGACGAACCGCCUCUAUUCUAUCAAAGGUGGAGACAGAAUUUGGUUAAUGUGUGCUCUGGAAACCGCGGGUUUCCCAUUUCUCUUGAUUCCAAUGACAAUUUCUUACCUUUAUCGUCGAAGAGAGGGAGGUCCAGAAACUAAAUUCAUUUCAAUGUCACCUGCCCUCGUUCUUCCUUGUAUAGUCAUUGGUAUUCUCACUGGUGCAGAUGAUUAUAUGGACUCUGCUGGUGUUUCGCGUCUUCCUGUCUCUACUUAUUCGCUUGUAUUAGCCAGCCAAUUAGGAUUUACGGCUUUCUUUGCCUGGGUUCUCGUCAAGCAGAAGUUCACUUUUUUACAUAUUAAUGCCAUCUUAUUAUUGACUGCUGGAGCUGUAGUCCUAGCAUUUCAUUCUGGUUCGGAUAUGCCAGAGGGUGAAUCCAGAGGAGACUACAUUUUGGGAUUUCUAAUGACGCUUGGAGCUGCAAUUCUUUACGGAUUUGUUUUGCCAAUAAUAGAGCUCUUGUACCAAAAGGCUAAGCAAGCUAUCACUUACUCUCUUGUCAUGGAGAUGCAGUUUGUUAUGGCUUUGGCUGCUACUGUCUUUUGUGUUAUUGGGAUGCUAAUUAAUAAAGAUUUUCAGGCGAUGGGCAGAGAGGCAGAUAAUUUCGAGAUUGGCAAAGCCAUGUACUACUUAGUACUAAUAGCAGAUGCAUUUCUUUGGCAACUAUUUUUCCUGGGGGCCGUUGGAGUCAUAUUUUGUCACAGCUCUUUGCUCUCCGGUAUACUAAUAUCGGGUCUGCUACCUGUCACGGAAAUCUUGGCUGUAUUUUUCUUCGACGAGUCGUUCACAGUUGAAAAGGGAAUGUCACUGUUUCUUGCAUGCUGGGGCUCUAUAUCUUACUUCUUUGAAGAGAUUCAAAUAGAAAAGAAAAAGAAGCUCGCUGCUGAAAGCAGAGAUCAGCCCGGAGAAAUAUUGCAAGAUGUGAAGCAGAAGUGUGUCGCCCCAGAAGAUGAGUUCAUGGAGGUAAAGCUUGAUAAAUAGUGUUCCAGCAUUACAGUAACAAAAAUAAGGUAGGGUUGUUAGUCGGCUCUCUCAUUUUUCAAAAAAUCGGAUAAAUACAUUGUUGUCAGAUUGUUGUAUUUUAUUUUAUUUUUACUUUGUAAAGGUUUAUAAAUUUUGGAGUAAAUCAUACUUUGCACAACUAUCUUUGGGUCGUUUUGC